GUAAAAUAAAAAAUAUCUGAAAUUAACAUUGAAGAAAACAAAGGAAAGAUUCAGAGAGGGUUUGUAAACAAAUAAACAAACUUGUGUAGUAACUUUGAAUUCGAAAUCGGAGAAUAAACGCGAAGAAGAAGAAAUAUUAUUAUGAGUUUGGGUUCUGAAAUUCGUUCUAUUAUUGAAUGCUAAUUUUAUUCACGAACAAGAAAUGAAGAAGAAAGAGGAUUCCGAUGACCCUAAAAUUUGGGGUGCUGUUCUCUUCGGCUUAAUUGGCGCCACCGCCGCUACUCUCGUCUUUGGUCAGGUGCGAAAAACUGUUGAAUGGUUCUCUCUUCAGGUAAGUAGGUCUCAAGCAUGGAAAGGAAAAAGUGGUAGUUCUUAUAGAACAGCUUUUCAGGAAGAGGCGUGGAGAAAGCAUAAUAAGCGAAUGCAAGAGGAGUAUGAGGAGGAAAUGGAAAGAGUGGAACGAAUAAGGCGUAUGCAAAACGUGUUUAACAGAGAAAGAAAUAAACACAAAAGAGGCUAUGAAAGCUGGAGGGAACAAAAUGGUACGGGCCAAUAUCAUCAACAUUUCGAAAGAGAAGAUUGGUAUUGGAAGACUGAUGCUUCAUACAGAGAUAGGAGGACUAAUUAUCGAGAAACUCCAAGAGAGAGUGGAAACUAUGCAUUAUCACAUCACUACUCAGUUUUGGGUCUUGACAGGUUUAGGAAAGCACCAUAUUCAGAUGCUGAGAUUAAGUCAGCAUUUAGGACAAAGGCAAAAGAGUAUCAUCCUGAUCAGAACCAGGAUAAUAAAGACGUUGCUGAAGCUAAGUUCAAAGAAGUGAUGUCUUCAUUCGAGGCCAUAAAAGAGGAAAGGAAGAACCACAAUCAGUAAUUGUCAAACUCUGAACAGGAAAGGAUGUAAGAAUUGACACAUAACAGAUAUGUAACUCAUCUGAGAUGUACAAAGAAAAUCUCGGAAUAAUAUUACAUUGUAGUCAGCGCAACUUCAUUGAGAGGCAAUGCCAUUGCCAUGUUUGAACGCAGCCGGCAAACAUUCAAAGGUUGAAUAUGGAAGCUAUAGACAGAGAUGGACACAAUUAAGUGCUGUUUGGAAGAGUUUUUUUUUAUAAAUUUAUCUUAUGAGAUAAGCAUCUGUAUAACAAGUGUUUGGAAGAACUAAUAAAUAUAGCUUAUGAUAUGUUCAUAAGCAAUUUUCAAUUUAUUUUUAUGAAUUUCUCAAAAUAGUUCAUAGAAAAUUUAUACAGAGCAUCCUUUUUGUGUUCGAUUGUAAUUUUGUAAAAGCGUCAUAAAUUUAAGCUCUUAUAUGAUUAACAUUUUAUAGAAUGCCCCCUUAUUGAA